GGAUUAGCCUGUAUUGCUGUAUUUGAGAUCGAUGCGCUCGAGUGGAUACCAGCGAAAUUUCAGAGAAAAACAUGGCGGCCUCCUGUGCACGCAAAACGACGUGGACUUUUUCGAUGAUGGAGGGAUCUCUAUUUAUUCUAUAUCUGCUGGUUGGGAUCGCUUUGGUCUCUGCUGUUGAUAGGAACAACUUCAAAACAUGUAGCCAAAGUAGUUUUUGCAAACGAAACCGUGACUUGGAUUCGGGCAACUCUCCCUAUGAAGCCUUGAUGGGCACCCUCCUGAUUUCGGACGAUCUGGUCCAACUGGCCGUCCUCAACUCCGCCACCGGGAUCAGGCUUCAGCUGGAACUGCACGGCCUGGAUCAGAGCACGGUCCGGCUACGGAUCAAAGAUCCCGUCAACAGACGAUACGAGGUACCAGACGUGGUGCAGCCGAAUCUGCAGAAAAGCAGGUGGACUGUCGUUCAGUCGAGCGGUUCGUUUGAGGCCACGCUUGCCAGUGACGUCACCGUCCGUCUGACGGCCAAACCCCUGCGUCUGGACGUCUUGCAGAAUGGCUACAUCAUCAUCUCGGUCAACUCCAGGGGGCUCAUGAACUAUGAACAGCAGCGAGAAAAGAAGAGCCCUAAGUCACCAGAGGAGGAAGGUGAAGAAGCAGUGGACGAGGAACCAGAGGAACCAGGCAUGUGGGAAGAAACCUUCAAGACGCACAAGGACAGCAAACCUAAAGGUCCUGAAUCGGUUGGGGUAGACUUCUCCUUUCCCGGCUUUGCACACGUGUACGGCAUACCUGAACAUGCAGAUACCUUUGCACUUAAGACAACUGUGAGUACUGACCCCUAUCGUCUAUACAACCUGGACGUGUUUGAGUAUGAGCUGUACAAUCCUAUGGCAUUGUACGGCUCUGUUCCGUACAUGUUGGCACACAACUCUGAAAGGACAGUGGGCCUACUUUGGCUGAAUGCUGCAGAAACGUGGAUUGACAUCAGCUCCAAUACUGCUGACAAGUCCAUGUUCAACAGGAUGCUGGACUUGGUCCGAGACAUGGAGGUGCCUCAGGUGGACACCCACUGGUUCUCAGAGAGCGGUAUCAUGGACGUCUUCUUCUUCAUGGGACCCACGGCUGAGCAGGUCAUGUACCAGUAUGCUACGGUCACCGGCAUGCCGCAACUACCACCGCUGUUUGCUGUUGCAUACCACCAGAGUCGCUGGAACUACAAUGAUGAGGAUGAUGUUAAAAAUGUGGAUGCUAAGUUUGAUGAGCACGAUAUUCCCUGCGAUGUCAUCUGGCUUGAUAUUGAGCACACCGAUGGCAAAAGGUACAUGACGUGGGACUCGCACAAGUUCUCCCACCCAGAGGACAUGCAGAACCAAGUGGCCGCCAAGGGGCGAAAGUUUGUAGCCUCGGCUGAUCCGCAUCUCAAAAGGGAUGACAAUUACAGGAUGUACCGAGAAGCCAGGGAACUAGACCUGAUGAUUAAGAAGCCCGACGGCAGUGAUUACGAAGGCUGGUGCUGGCCUGGCUCGUCCAGCUACCCGGACUUCACCAGGACCGACACUCGCAACUGGUGGGCCGAGCAACUCUCCCUGGAGAACUACAAGGGUUCCACCCCGAACCUCUUCACCUGGAAUGACAUGAACGAGCCCUCGGUCUUCAAUGGUCCCGAGGUCACCAUGCACAAGGAUGCCAAACAUCAAGAUGGUUGGGAGCACAGGGACGUGCACAACUUGUAUGGUCUAUAUGUGCACAUGGCAACUGUGGAUGGUCAGCACAAACGAUCCAAUGGGAAGGAACGAUCGUUCGUCUUGUCAAGGGCAUUCUUUACUGGAAGCCAAAAGUAUGGUGCUAUCUGGACCGGUGACAAUGAGGCAAGUUGGGAGCACCUCAAGAUUAGCAUGCCCAUGUUGCUGUCUAUCAGCGUAGCUGGUAUCCCAUUCAUAGGCGCUGAUGUGGGAGGUUUCUUCAAGAACCCGGAACCAGAACUACUGACCAGAUGGUACCAGGCUGCUGCUUUCCAACCAUUCUUCCGAGCCCACGCCCAUCUUGACACCAAGCGGCGCGAGCCUUGGCUCCUCCCACCCAACAUGAUGGACAUUGUGAGGACCGCGAUCCGAACCCGCUACGCCUUGCUGCCGUUCUGGUACACGGCGUUCUACAAGGCGUCCAAAACGGGCAUCCCUGUGAUGAGACCGAUGUGGCAGGGAUUUCCUGAUGAUGAAGAGACCUUUGCCAUGGAGGACCAGUUCAUGAUAGGUGAUUCCCUGCUUGUUAAGCCUGUGACUGACAAAGGCGCCACCUCUGUCAGUGUUUACUUCCCGGGCCAAGACAUGGUCUGGUAUGAUGUCAACACGGUUCAGAAAUACACGGGUGCCAGUACACAGUCUGUCUACGUCAAUCUGGAAAAGAUCCCCGUCUACCAGCGUGGAGGCACCAUCAUCCCCCGCAAGGAGCGAGUCCGUCGCUGCUCGGCCCUGGGUCUGGACGAUCCUUACACGCUCAUCGUUGCCUUGGAUACUAAGCAACAGGCAUCUGGGCAGCUUUACAUGGAUGAUGGACAUUCCUUCGACUUCCAAUCAGGUCUCUACCAGUACAAACAAAUCACCUUCCAAAACAAUGUCAUUCAAUCAAGGUCCAUAGACAUGAAUGGAAGGUACCAGACUAAAUCCUGGUUGGAGAGAGUGGUGGUUAUAGGACUGGAAAAAUCACCAAGUUCUAUUGAACUAUCUGGAGAUUUUAUAUCAACCCACAAUGUGGAGUUUAGCUUUAACGAAGAGAACAAAGUACUCGUUAUAAGGAAACCGGAAGUCAACAUGGGCAUCGACUGGGUCAUGGCAUUCAAGAAAUAAACCAGAUCUUAUUUAUUCCGCUCAGUUCUUCAAUAGUACCCAGAACAGUCUCGGUAGAGUGCAAAUGUUUUCUAGCCAAACACCCAUUUAAAAUAGUUGUUCCAAAUUUGCGCCCUUUAUACAAAAAGCAUUAGAUGUGACUCAGCACAGACCCAACUAGAUUCUGGUUUCGAGAUAAACACCGCAAAAAAAAUGGUUUCGAGAUAAACACCGCAAAAAAGAAAGUCCACACGCAUUGGAGGAGUCAUAAUUUUGAAUCUGAUCGUCUUAUGAUGACGUCAUUUAUAUAGACCUUUGGGGAAUGUUAUCUACAUUUCGAUACCCUGUUUGCUACCAAAGAGUACAAAUUGUCCAAGAUUGACAAGGGUUUAUAAAAAUUAUGCAGUUUCUAAAGUGUAGAUUUAACAAUUACGCGAGGAGAAAUUGCUUAACGCAAACACACAUGUCCGUAAUUUGCCCCUGUGGACUGCACAGUGCCAUAAUAAAGCGCAGGUAAUUCAAUUUCGCACGCUCCCAUGCAUACAAGAACUGUGCGAUCGGUAUUCCCUGCCGUUCGUUUCGGGCAGUGUGACAUAAUUGUCAUGCAGCACUUUCCAUUCCUGUACUCUUUAAAUUUGCAACUUUUCAAACAGCGUCAUUUUUCAUAAACCGCUGUCAAUCUUGGACGAUUUACAUUC